CGUGCUUGUGGUUAAUACAAGCUAAACUGCGUACUUCAUGCAUGAUGACGCUAAACAUAAUAAGCGGUAUCACGGGAUCGCUUCAAUGUUUCUUUACCUAGAAACGUCAUUUCGAAGCUGCUACUAAAUAAACAUCGUGCCUGUGUUGCAGAGGCAUCUUUUACAAAAAUGGACAACCAAAUGUUAGCUACUAGGCUAAUGUAGCAACAGAAAGAUCAGCUGCUUCAAUAGCUAGCUUAUCGACCUGUGGAUAAACUGUAGCUCACACUGACGGAUAACAUGGCAGGUUCAUCGCCGUUGUCAGGGGUUAAUGUUGUUCUGGUUAUGGCCUAUGGAAGCCUGGUGUUUGUGCUGCUGUUUAUCUUCGUUAAAAGGCAGAUAAUGCGUUUCGCAAUGAGAUCCCGGCGAGGUCCACAUACACCUAUUGGACACAAUGCACCUAAGGGUCUGAGGGAGGAGAUUGACUCCAGGCUAUCCAAGGUACAGGAGAUUUGUUUUGAACCUCGCCUCCUUGCAGAAGAAGAUGACAGACUGAAGCAUGGAUCACAGAUAAGUUGCUACAAUUACCUGUACAGGAUGAAAGCUCUGGAUGCUAUCCGAGACUCAGGUAUUCCCCUGCAGGAGAUCAGCUGCAGUCCUAGUGCAUUCACUGGCCGAAACUUCAGAAGCUGGCUGCUGGAGUUGCGUAACUCCCACUCCCUGAUCAAGAGCAGCCGCAGCGCCCUCAUUGAUCGUUUGCUUGAAGGCUAUGACAAUGCUCGACAUGGGACUGGGGUGUUUGGGGAAGCAGAGUUUCUUGAAUACCAGCAGGCCCUCAGUGAACUAGCUGAUGUGGUAAAGGCUUACUCCAGCAGCACCAGCCUGGACCAGCAUCACCAGUCUGCAGCCAAAGACCUGACUGGCUCCCCUGUGCGCAGCACCCCAUCUACCAUCCAGGUCACUUACCUGCCCUCCACUGGCCAGCGCAGCAAGAGGCCCAAACACUUCCUGGAGCUCAAAAGUUUCAAAGACAAUUACAACACACUGGAGAGCACGCUGUGAGGGACCAAAUGUUAGAAAAUGUCUGUAUGUUGUGUGACGAUACGUGGUUACACAAUCUAAAGGGAAACAUAAAUCAGGUGAAGCUGAGCAUUAAAAUUCACCAGAAAGGUCAAGAAAAUAGCCACCUUUAUGUCCAUAGUGAGCAUUUCAAUACACAAUAUUUUUCAUGUAAACUGUAAUCUAGAAAUGUGGCUGUUUUAGCAGCAGUUUUAAGAUCGUUUGUGUCAUUAUGGGGAAGAUCUUUCUUUGGUCAUGUUACACUAAGGUCUGCUUCGUUUUGGACCUAAAUAAUGUUCAUAGAAACAUGAUUGUAGUAAACCUGUCAGGGUUUUCAUUGUAAUCUUUGUAAAUACAGCAAAUGUGAGACUUUU